AAAAAAAUUAUUCUGAUAUAACAGUCUCCUUGCUAUCUCUCUCUCCCCUGAACAAUGGCGGAUCCUCUUAAUUUCUCUCUGUUCCACCACAAAUUUCUUACCGGAGCUAAACCAAAUCUUACGUUUGAAGAUGAGUUCUUAAGGCGACACACAAAAGUGUUGCUAAGAUCGGACGCGUCGGACAGAAUUUGGGAAGUGAAGCUGGACGGCAACAGGCUCGCCGGUGGCUGGGAAAAGUUCGCCGCCGUACAUAAAUUCAGAGACGGUGACGUUUUGGUUUUCAGACACGAAGGAGACGAGAACUUUCAUGUAGCUGUGUCCUCUCGUUCCAAUUCCGGUGACAUACAGAACGCAUCUCAUAGCUACGACGUUGACACUGACGUUACUGAGAUUGAUGAUGACGAUGUUGAAUCUGAUGAUGGAGAAGGCGAAGAUGAUGAUGAUGAAGUAGGGGGUGAGGAUGACGCAGGUAAGGUGUUUGAUGUACAUCACAUAAGUGAUAUGUGUUUUAAUUUUAGGGAUCUUCCUAGAGAUUUUACGUUUGUGUCUUUUGAUAAGCACAACAAACCGGGUGAGAUAGAUUUAGCUAAUGGUCAAGGAAGAAAAUGGACACUGCUUCUUGCAAAAAACAGCUCAAGUGGUGUGUUCUACAUCAGACGAGGCUGGGUUAACUUCUGCUCCGCUAAUAAGCUACGUAAAGAUGACUUGUGUGUGUUUAAAGUUUCCGAAAAUGGAGAAAGGCCUGUGCUUCGGUUGUGUCCACAGGAUUCUGGCAAUGGCCAUGAAAAAAAGAAGAGAAGUGUGGAUGAUGACGCUUCAAAGGGAAAGGAGAAGAAUAGUCCUUCGUCAUUUCUGACAGUAAAGUUGACAUCCAGCCGUUUCAAGACAGGAAUCCUAGUAAGUUCAAGAACUUUUAGUCUUAUGGGGAUAUUGGGUGUGUACAUCGCAGGGUCCACGACGUUGCUAAUUGAAUCUUGGUUUCAGUAUAUUUCAUCGGUCUUCGUGACUGAGAGUGGCAUUAAGAAGACUGGGGAAAUAACUCUGCUGAACGAAGAUGGAAGAAAGUGGUCAUCUUAUCUACAGAUGACAGGACGAUGCGGAAGUGAAUGGUUUUAUCUGAGAAAUGGUUGGAGAGAGAUGUGCCAAGCGAAUGGAGUGAGAGUAAAUGACUCGUUCGAGCUGGAAUUGAUAUGGGAAAAUGAAAAUCCUAUGUUUAAGUUCGUCUCAAAGAUUGAGAACAGAGGAAAAGGAAACCGAGGAACUCGUAAGAAGAGAGCUUGUGAGACUCCUCUGCAGUUAAGGAGUGCGGAAAAGACUCCAAGUGUAGAAACAGAAGGACGGAGAGCAAGUAAGAAAGGACGCACUGGGGUUUCAAACAGAGCCAACACUAACUCAAGAAAAUUGCGGCGCACGCAACCAAAUUCUUGUUCAAUCUCUGAUCAAGUGACAAACGUGAAACAGAGCAUCCUAGAUACUCUGAACGCUGUAAGGCAUUUCCGCGCAGGGCUGGAGAUGAGGGAAACAAAUCUGGAAGCUGCGCUAUUGGAGAUUGACGCAUUAGGGGAGAAAAUAUUAGGAAUCAGCCAAAUUAUCAACAGUAAUCCAGUUUGAAGUAAACAAAAGACUGGAAUCAUUCAACGCUGGUACUGGUUACUCUUCUUCUUCUUCUUCCUCCUCCAAACUAAGUUAGGUUUCCUUAUCAGUAUUUCAGACUUGCAAGGUCUAGAGACUGCCAACUUUCUUGGUGCUUUCGUUCAGUUCAGUAGCUGAGAAUGUAUGUUUGUAUAUUUGAACGGUUCGUGACUUGCGUUCCUCAGUUGUAUCAACAGUUGAUCUACUUUGUUAUGCGAGCUAAGCAACUCUUAAUUUUUAGAAUGCAUUGUGAGUAGGAACUUUUGGCAAA